UGUAAAACUUCAAUUUUCAUGUAUGACGUCAUCCAUUCUGUAUAUUAGCUAAAGGAGCGUAUAGUCGUCAAUAUAUAAUAUCCAUUACUUUCAGUUACUUCUUUUUAAAGUUACAGUAACUCAUAAUCACAGUGUCAAACAUGAGUUAUGGAUUUGUUACUUGUGGACCAAACGAAGCUUUAGUUGUUUCAGGAUGCUGCUACAGCAAACCACUUCUAGUUCCUGGUGGCAGGGUAUUUGUAUGGCCUCUUGUGCAGCAAGUUCAAAAAAUAUCUUUAAAUACAAUGACUUUACAAGUUGAAAGUCCUACUGUUUAUACAUCACAAGGUGUACCAAUAUCUGUUACAGGAAUUGCACAGGUGAAAAUACAAGGACAAAAUGAAGAAAUGUUAUCUACUGCAUGUGAACAAUUUCUUGGUAAAACUGAAGAAGAAAUUCAUAAUAUAGCAUUAGUUACUUUAGAAGGUCAUCAACGUGCAAUAAUGGGGAGUAUGACCGUAGAAGAAAUUUAUAAGGAUAGAAAAAAAUUUAGCAAAGAAGUAUUUGAAGUCGCAAGCAGUGAUCUAGUUAAUAUGGGCAUUACAGUCGUAUCAUAUACAUUAAAGGAUAUUCGAGAUGAAGAAGGAUACUUAAAAGCUCUUGGUAUGGCAAGAACAGCUGAAGUAAAACGAGAUGCGAGAAUUGGUGAAGCAGAAGCUCGCAGAGAUGCGCAAAUCAGAGAAGCAAUUGCUGAGGAACAGCGUAUGGCUGCUCGUUUUUUGAAUGACACUGAAAUUGCUAAAGCACAACGAGAUUUUGAAUUAAAAAAAGCUGCAUAUGACGUUGAAGUACAAACAAAGAAAGCUGAAGCUGAAAUGGCAUUUGAAUUGCAAGCAGCUAAAACAAAACAAAGAAUUAUGGAAGAGCAAAUGCAAGUGAAAGUAGUAGAACGUGGACAAGAAAUAGCAGUACAGGAACAGGAAAUGCUGAGACGCGAAAGAGAGUUAGAUGCUACUGUAAGACGUCCAGCUGAUGCUGAAAAAUACAGAUUGGAAAAAAUGGCAGAAGCAAACAAAUUACGACUUAUGAUGGAAGCUGAAGCAGAAGCGGAAGCUAUUAAAAUUCGUGGAGAAGCAGAAGCUUUUGCUAUUGAGGCAAAGGCUAAAGCGGAGGCAGAACAAAUGGCAAAGAAGGCAGCAGCGUGGAACGAAUAUAAGAGUGCAGCUAUGAUAGACAUGAUGUUGGACACACUUCCAAAAGUUGCUGCUGAGGUAGCUGCUCCUCUUUCACAAGCAAAAAAGAUAACGAUGGUAUCUAGUGGUAAUGGAACAAUUGGUGCAGAAAAAUUAACAGAGGAAGUUUUUAACAUCGUUACACGUGUUCCCGAUCUUGUCAAGAAUUUAACAGGUGUUGAUAUUACAAAGUCAGUACAUGCAGCAUAAAAAGAUGAAAUAAUUGACAGCAUUUGAAAGUAAUGUGCCAAGAAUUACUUUCUUAUAUAAUUAUAAGAAGUAUAUAUAAUUACUUCGUUUAUAUAUUUACCUCUUGUACAAGAGAAGUUAUGCACGUUUGAAUCUUUAAACUUUUAUUAUUUAAAGAUUUAAAUAUUCGUUACCAAUGAUUAUUACUAACACUUCCAAUUUUGUCAAUUUUUUACAUUUUAAUAUGUAAAGUAACAAAAAAAAAAAUUGACAUAUCGAAUUUUAAUUACAAUUUUCAUUCCAUGUAAUGAAAUUAAUAUACCAAAUAUUUAAUGUACGUAUAUUCCAUAAUAAUUAGCGCACAAUAUUUCAAUUUAUUGAAAACUCAUGCAAUAAGUUAUCGUAGAAAAUUAUUAUUUUAAUAUAUGCUAUUUUGUAUAUUUGUGUUCUGUUUUCAUGUAUUGAUUAAUUUUUAAAUUUACUAUCGAUUUUAUAGAUGUUAGUUUCAGUUGAAUAAUAAUUGGAAGAAAAAAUAUCUUUGGAAUCUCUAUUAAUUAUAAUACUUAUUUACGUAUAGAUAAUUUUAUACCACUAUGUGCCGAAUAUUAUUCUUGCUAUAAGAGUGUAAAGCACCAUGCUCUUACAUUGCAUACAUCCAGUACACGUUUUAUGUCUUUACUCUAAAAUAAACAUAAUUUUACAAUGCGUUUACAUCUUGUAGAAUGGUUGAUGUUACUUAACCAGUCUAGUCUCCUAAAUAUGUAAGUUCAAUUAUAUAAUUCUAUAAAUUAAUAUAUUUUUCCGUAUUAUUAAUAUACACAUAAAUAUAUAAUUAAUAUAUACGACCACAUCAUAAAAAAAGUAGUCAUAGUUUAUAUUGUACGAUCAACACUUAACCGUUAAAUUUGUAUAAUCGUAAAAAAAAUUGUAAAUUAUUAAAUAAAUUCAAUGAAAACGAAAUAA